CCGCGGUCACACUUGCACAAUUGUUUUUUUCGCGAAUUCAAUUGCAGUUUUUUCGCAACCUUUUAAAUUAAGAGCAAUAAUCGAAAGGGCCAUUUAACAGUGACCGCAGCUCCGGGGAAACGGGCGAAACAAUCAUGACCGAGAAGUACGACGGCAACGGUGACUUUUCCGCUUUCAACGACGAUGACAACGAUUUUGGCGGCAAGGUUCGCAAGCCUGGUGGAUCUAUUGGAGCACCAGGUGGCGCCCACAAUGGCGACGCUUCCGCCCACGAUCACGGUCAUCAUGGUGUAGAUCCCGGCGGCAAUGUCCAGAUAAACGAGAAGGCCAACGAGUACAUACGCGAUUGUAUGGCGGAACGAAAUCGCAUGGACAGGAAGUUUCCCAUUGCCGAGAAACUGCUGGAAGGCGAGAUUGAAAAGGUCCAGACCACAGGAAGGAUCCCUUCCAGAGAGCAAAAAUAUGCCGAUAUCUAUAGGGAGAAGCCGCUGCGGAUCUCGCAACGUGUUUUAGUUCCCAUUAGAGAACAUCCCAAGUUCAACUUCGUUGGCAAACUGCUGGGGCCCAAGGGCAACUCCCUUCGCCGCCUUCAGGAGGAAACCCUUUGCAAGAUGACCGUCCUGGGCCGCAACUCUAUGCGCGAUCGAGUCAAAGAAGAGGAAUUGCGCAGCUCCAAGGAUCCCAAGUACGCUCACCUCAACAGCGAUCUGCACGUGGAGAUAUCGACAAUAGCGCCGCCCGCAGAAGCCUACGCCCGAAUCGCCUACGCCAUGGCCGAGCUGAGAAAGUAUUUGAUCCCAGAUAGUAACGACAUUAUCCGGCAGGAGCAGCUGCGCGAGCUGAUGGACAGCACUAGCCUCAAUGACAACGACAAUGCCAAGAGUGGCUAUAAGAAGUCGUCUUACAUGCAGGGAGGAAACAAUGUUAUGGGUGGCGGCUCAAUUAAUCCGAUUGGAGGGGUCAAGAACACGCCGCAUCACAGCUAUAGAAGCUCACAGCCGUCAUCUUUUAGUAAAAAUGUGCUGGCUCCGAAGCAGAAAGUCAUGUCCAUAUUGGAAAAAGCCAGGACGGCCAUGGACGAAACCUAUGGUCGUGGCUAUGAUGACGGCCUUGGUUAUGAUCCCCACCAGUCGUACGAUAGCUACUCCUAUGGCACUCAUGGCCAUGGACCCCACGGACCGCCAGCUAACAUUCUGGGCGGAGUGGGCGGCAUCAGCGGUGGCGGUGGUCGGGGUGGACACUACGAAAGCUCCGACUACGAGCCGGAUUAUGGAAGACGAGAAUAUUAUCAGCAUUCGCCCGGCUAUUCUGCUGGCGGCGGCGGAGGUGUAGGUCUGGGCACUGGCGGCGCUUCUCAAUCAAAUGCCAUCGGCGGCUCUGGUCUCAGUUCCAAUCACAAUCGCAGCCAUGUUAACAGGUGAAAUUUGCUGGACCCUAGUAGUGCCAGCGGAGGUCGAGGUACAAACCCGGCGGCAACCACCCAAAAUUUGACCAUGAAAUCCCAACCCAAUAGCAGCAACAACUUUUUGCCAAAUCACGGAGCAAGUGAGUGCCAAAACGGCAAGAACAUAAAUCCCAACUACUACUACAAUUCCAACGGCAGUUCCAAGGUAAAUCAGCAACAAAUUCAACAGUCGCAACCAAAUCUCCCACCGCAGCUAUCAGGCCACAACAACAACAGCAGCAAUAGCACCCGGGCCAGCAAUAUGAAUAACACCAGUAGCCACAAUAAUUGCAAUAGCAACUUUACCCCAGUCGGUGAGAAAAACUCCAACGACGUUUCAUUUAUAUCCUCCUAUCGACUUGGUCCAAUGGAUGGCCAAAAGAGUGCCAACAGCAACAAUAUCAACAAUCACACAUUAGGCAGUAAAAACCACAGCAACAACACCACCACAACCGCUUCAGUGCCCAAUAUGCUCUUAGUAAGACCUGCUAAUCCUUCGCUACAUAUUGGCACAUUUCCGUUCUUGCCCGUGCAGUUUUUCUGAACCCAACAGAUUACAAGAACUACAAGCAGAACAAGCAAAUCGAAAAAUCACAUCAACAUGAACAUCACAGAAACUUUGUACACUUGAGUUCAUAAGAUUAGAGGAAGGCGUAGGAGGAGUAUUUACAAAAUGGACAAAAUGAACUUUACGAUAUAUACCACAUACAAAACAUAUACAUAACAAAUAUAUUUAUACAUAUAUUUUUGCGUGCAAGGAUUAACGUUUAAUGAUGAUGAGGCUGGAACAACAAAUCGAAAACCUUACUUUCGCGUUGGCUAUAAAACACAGACGAAACUGUGUCCAGUUUUUUAUCUCUAUUUACAAAACAUCUUAAAGAUACUAAAGAGCCUGAAUGAUUAGUGGGAGCUGUAUUCGGUCGGGAGUGAUCAGUAGUUAAGCACACGGCUCAGCUCAAAGUUGAGCUGGGAUAGUCUGGCGUACAGAUGAUACAGAGCGAAUCCAGUUGAUACAGCAAGACAAAGCUAUGUAUAGGGAAUGAAGGAUCCGACUGACCGUCGGUAGAGACAGAAUCUAUGAGAUUAAUUAACUUAAUAGAAUAUAAUAAUAAAUACAGAGGGCACACUUAAACCAUAAUUUUAUUUAUAUAUGCAUAUAUUUAACAAAACUAACGAUACAGAUAAAGAAUAUAUAUAUAUAUAUAUAUAUAUAUACACUUACAAAUUCUAAUAUUUACAUAAUUAACAGAGAUCGACUAACCCCAUGUUGACACGAAAGGUAACAGAUUAACCCUAACAAAAAUUAUCUAAUACUCGAGCAUUCAGAAUUAAUAUAUCGAAUACUAAAGAUCUACAAAUAACUAACAAAUUACAAAAUAUAUACAAGUUUAUUGUGAAUCAAUGUCCAUAAGUGGAUAGUGCUGCAAAUGAUUACUUUAUUAAAACACCAGAUACGACAACAAUAAAAGAGUAAAAAAGAAUACUUAAACGCAAGCGUAAGCGUAAGAAUAACAAAUACUCAAUUUACUUAUACACGAAUAUAAAGUUCUAACUAAACCAACAAUGUAACUCAAUACAAAAUUAACGUAAUAACAAUGUAAUUCAAUGUACUUAACCCAUUCAACCCAUGACGCUGGAUAAAGCAAAGUAGUUUACCCAACUUUUCGUUUCCACAAUUGUUCAACAAUGAGUCGUCUGCUUUGUCCAGUUGUCUCCAUUAAUUAUACACUGAACUAACAAAAGUAACAAAACUAAACAUAACUCGUAAUCGACAAUUUGAUCCGUUGCCAAGCUCAAAAUUUCGUUUCCUGUUUUCUCACUUUUAGUUAGUUUUUAGAUUAAUGAGAAUUCUCUGUAGAGCUUAAGUAGAACCAAGAGAGUGUGCCAAAUGUUUGUAGGAAGGGGUUCGGAGGGAGUGGAGGCCAGUGGACGGAUCCCUUCCAGGUCUGAAAUUACCAAUUGAAAUGCCAAUUUAUAGAUAUUAUCAUUUUUAAUAUGUAUGUAACCUAAUUUAAGUAUCGAGCGAAUAAAGUUGACGUUGCUAACGCAAUGAAUUAAACAUGUA